GCGGCCGCGCAGUGUCCGGGAUCCAGGCCUGCCAGGGGUUGUGCGCGCGGCCGGCCGGCUCUGCCCGCUCCCGUGUCGGCUCCCGAGCGGGGCCUCACUCGGCCCCCUCCAUGUGACGGCGCCUCGUGGAGCCUGAGUGAGCAGCGGGUCCGUGCGGAGCCGGAGGCGGGAGGAACAUGACAUCCCGGAGAUGGUUUCACCCCAAUAUCACUGGUGUGGAGGCAGAGAAUCUCCUGCUGACCCGAGGAGUCGAUGGCAGUUUCUUAGCGAGGCCCAGCAAGAGUAACCCUGGAGACUUCACUCUGUCUGUUAGAAGAAAUGGAGCCGUUACCCACAUCAAGAUUCAGAACACUGGGGACUACUAUGACCUCUAUGGCGGGGAAAAGUUUGCCACCUUGGCUGAACUGGUCCAGUAUUACAUGGAGCAUCACGGGCAGCUGAAAGAGAAGAAUGGAGAUGUUAUUGAGCUCAAGUACCCACUGAACUGUGCAGACCCUACCUCUGAAAGGUGGUUCCACGGUCACUUGUCUGGAAAAGAAGCAGAGAAGCUGCUGACAGAGAAGGGGAAGCAUGGCAGUUUCCUCGUCCGGGAGAGCCAGAGCCACCCUGGGGACUUCGUCCUCUCCGUCCGCACUGGUGAUGACAAAGGGGAGAGCAAUGACAGCAAGUCCAAAGUGACCCAUGUCAUGAUCCGCUGUCAGGAGCUGAAAUAUGAUGUUGGUGGAGGAGAGCGCUUUGACUCUUUGACAGACCUGGUGGAGCAUUACAAGAAGAACCCCAUGGUGGAGACACUGGGCACAGUCCUGCAGCUCAAACAGCCCCUCAACACAACUCGUAUUAAUGCCGCUGAAAUCGAAAGCCGGGUUCGGGAGUUAAGCAAGCUAGCCGAGACCACAGAUAAAGUCAAACAGGGCUUUUGGGAAGAAUUUGAGACUCUACAGCAACAGGAAUGCAAACUUCUCUACAGCCGAAAAGAAGGACAGAGACAAGAAAAUAAAAACAAAAAUAGAUACAAAAACAUCCUGCCCUUUGAUCAUACCAGGGUUGUCCUGCACGAUGGGGAUCCCAACGAGCCAGUUUCUGAUUACAUCAAUGCCAACAUCAUCAUGCCUGAAUUUGAAACCAAGUGCAACAAUUCAAAACCCAAAAAGAGUUACAUUGCCACUCAAGGCUGCCUGCAGAACACGGUGAAUGACUUCUGGCGGAUGGUGUUCCAGGAGAACUCUCGAGUCAUUGUCAUGACCACAAAGGAAGUGGAGAGAGGGAAGAGCAAGUGUGUCAAGUACUGGCCUGAUGAGUGUGCACUCAAAGAGUAUGGCGUCAUGCGUGUGAGGAACGUCAGAGAAAGUGCUGCGCAUGACUACACCUUACGAGAACUCAAACUCUCUAAGGUCGGACAAGCUCUACUCCAGGGAAACACAGAGAGAACCGUCUGGCAGUACCACUUUCGGACCUGGCCAGACCACGGUGUGCCUAGUGACCCUGGAGGUGUGCUGGACUUCCUGGAGGAGGUCCACCACAAGCAGGAGAGCAUCGUGGAUGCAGGCCCUGUCGUGGUUCACUGCAGUGCUGGGAUUGGCCGGACAGGAACGUUCAUUGUGAUUGAUAUCCUUAUUGACAUCAUCCGAGAGAAAGGUGUGGACUGUGACAUCGACGUUCCUAAAACCAUUCAGAUGGUACGGUCCCAGAGGUCAGGGAUGGUCCAGACAGAAGCACAGUACCGGUUCAUCUACAUGGCCGUCCAGCACUACAUAGAGACGCUGCAACGCAGGAUCGAGGAGGAGCAGAAAAGCAAAAGGAAAGGACAUGAAUAUACCAAUAUUAAGUAUUCCCUGGUGGACCAGACAAGUGGCGAUCAGAGUCCCCUGCCACCUUGCACCCCAACGCCACCCUGUGCGGAAAUGCGGGAGGACAGCGCUCGAGUCUAUGAGAACGUGGGCCUCAUGCAGCAGCAGAGGAGUUUCAGAUGAGCUUCGGGUGGCAGCGCGCAGAUGUGAACUUUCACCCCUUCCCUAAAAUGUCAAGAAUAGACGAGAAAGUUUCCAGGACCCGUGUUCAGAAGCUCGCCGGGGUUGACUGACUGCCUUUUGAGAAGCGAAGUUUGGAACCAUUUGAAAGAGCACGUGCCUAAUUGGCACCUCCUUUCCUCAGCUAAGGAGAAACUGCUCUGCGUUGUCGACAGUGCUAUUGUCAUGGAAUUGGUUUUGAAUUGUGAAGCAGCUAAAUUGUGCUCUGUAUUUUCUACAUUGUGGGACUCAAAUUCUAGUCACGGGCAGGAUUUUGUUUGUUUCUUUUUAUGACCUUAACAGACCUGUUAAGACCUGAUUUUUUUUUUUUUUCUUCCUUUCUCUUUGAGGAGUUAUGGGCUCCUUGUAAGAAGAAAGGAUUUAGGGAACUUCAGGCACAGCCUCCCCCAAAAUCAUUGUUCAUCUUGCUGCCCUUCAUGGGGCUCCCAGUGCCCUGGCUGGUGGCUGCUUAGGGUCCCUCAUCAUCACAGAGACUCACUGUUUAGUUCCAGGGACCCCAGGGACUGGGAGGGUUGCAUCUGGCGAGGGCCUCUGACUGUGCCACACUGGAUGGGGGACAUGAAGGUGGCCUCUCGUUUAUGGCCUGAGCCCACCACACCUUGAGCAGCCCCUUAGCAUCUCUCUGUCAACACCAUGGCACUGGGGAUCCUGUGCUUCCUGCAGAUACGUGUUGGGGCACAUUCAACACAGACUGACCUGGUCAAGGACAGUUCACGUUUGGUGGCUUCUUUUCUUUAGUGAAAUGACCGUUCAGUCAUUGUAUUAGAGGGUCAAGGGAUAGGGAUAGGAAGUCAUGGUUCAAAGGCCCUGGGAACUGGCGUGUGAGAAGUCUUUCCUCUGAAGAUGGCUCCUUGGCUUCAGGUGUGGACAGUGAAGCUGUUCUGGGAAAAGCCACCAUGUUGUCUGUGUACUGGAGUAUUGGUAAGAUCCCUGGGUGAGCAGUAUUUGGUCCUCACUUGCCCCCCACCCCCAUUCUUCAGUACAGCAAGUCUGACCUGGGUUUCAUGAGCCCCUCUGUCCUGUGAGGGUCACUUGGGAAGUUGGCAACAUGGUCAAGACACUGGGCUUCUGUUUUAAUGUGGUGUUUUCCACGUCUCUUCUCCUGGGUGUCUGUGUAGACAGAUGGCUGGGUCCUUAAUGUGUCCCCCAAGUUGCAAAGGCAGAAGUGGCCAGGCCUUCUUCAGACUCAGGCCUGGAGCGAGCAUGACUUUUUCCGUGGCUGCUAUGAGAGAAUCAGGCUCAGCCCAAGGUGUGGAGUGGUGGUCCCAUGCUCUGGGGCCACCAGUCUGUCAGAUAGCCCCAGCCCGUGCCAUAGAAGCAAGUGGCUGUAGUUAGCAAGAGCCCAGGCUGCUUAUAGUAGCUGGUGUAAACUGUGUGUCAGAUGAGAAAUGUACAGCAGGCCUUCUAGAAGCUUCUGAGUCAGCUUUUCUGUCACCACAUGUGUGCUGUACCAUGCCCCUGAAGACUUGGUGAGUGAGUAGAUGGGAGCUCAUUCUCCGGCGCCUUGGCUGAGGGUGAAGUGGGGCAGUCUUGGCCAGGCCUCCUGUCAGUUCCAGUCAGAUGCUUUUGCCCUAGCCAAACAGCAGGAUCUGCUAAUGUUCUGCCGUAAGUGCCUUCUCCAGAGCUGUCCCUCUGCCCGAGUGUUGAUCCUCGAGAGCACGUCUCGACGAGAGCUUCCAGAUUCGAUGCUCAUGACCAAGCACUGGCACAGGCUCCACCUGCACUCUUCUUGCUUCAGUUCCUGAAAGGAAGGACUGGACCUGCCCUGCAGCUGCCCUUUCUGGGGCCUCCUACUCCCUGGUAGCCUGAGGUAGUUGGGGAGCACAGGGGCCACCAUUUCCUUAGAGCAUGUGCAUCCAUCCUUGUCCUUCUCCGCUGAAUUCAGUUGCUUCAGAGCACACCGUGGCCUGGCCGGAAUGUGGAGACUGCUGUCUUCUCGGCGAGCCCGCAAUGAAAUCAGUCAGUGUUCACAGCCGGGUCCCAGAUCCCAUUCUUUAUAGCACAUUGUCACAGUGAACUAUGUUGGGUUGUUGCUAAUAUCAAGACUCUGGACUUGGAGGGCAGAGUUUAUCACCAGCACACAGAGGUUAGCUGAGCAGCUGUUCUACUGAGCUAACAUUUCUACCUGCAGCUUGAGAUCCUGGAGCAGAGAGACCUGUGGUUGGCCCGUGUUCAGCACAGCAAGUGGUUUCCUUCGGAUUCCCUCCUAGAAUCCAGUCAGUGGCCAUCCUCCCGGGUCUGUCAGUGUGAUGGAAGGUGGUCGCAGGGUCUCAGGAGGGCGCUCUGUGUGUUGGUGUGUUGUGGAGUCUGGAAAGAGGAGGUGUGGAUUUGAAACAGUGGGGUGAAAGUUGCACAGGUGGUUCAUGAGCAAGUCAUGGCACAGGGCCAGCACUGAGCAGACGACAUGUGACACACAUGGUCCCCUCACUGCUGAGCCUUUUAAAUUAGAAGCAUAGGAUUUUGUACUUGGGGAGGGGUGGGGUGGGGAGAUUGUCUAGCACAUGGCCUUGGUUUCUAGAAAGCUUCACUUGAGAGUAUUAAUGCUUGUCACACGGUGUGCGGCCUUCCUGAUGCCCCAGGCUGCCUCUGCCAUUGCAGUUGGUGCCUUUCUAAUGGGAAACUGGGGCUGGGAAACAGUACCGCCAGCAGCUCAGAGGUGCUCAGCAUUGUUUCCAGGGGUUUGCUGGGGGUUCAAGAGAGCAUGAGUCCUGUUUUCCUGCAACAGGACCGAGGUAGGUGCACUCGGGAGGGAAACACACAGGUAGAAGUGUGGGCUCUGCUCCUGUUGAUUGUCUGGGGACAUUUUACAUCGUUUCAGAUGCCUGUCAUAGGGUCUGCGCUAGCCUACCGUUUUGUUGAAUCUCUUCCCCUUCUUGGAAAGAAACUCCCGAGUAGAGUUUACUGCAUCUCCCAUCGCUAGCAGCUCUGCUCUUGCAGAGUUUUCGGGACACAGCAAAGCAGAGAGCAGCUCCUGUCGGUGCUGUAGAACCUGGCUGUGCAUCAAAGUAGUUUGACAACUUCCCCUCCUAAACUUCAAUCAUGGGAUUAAUAAUAUACCUGUUUAUUUAUGACCUAAUUGUGACUCUUAUUACUAAAAGCUAGUGGGAAAGGCCCAUCCAAGAAGCUAGUGACUAGACUCACGCUUAGCUUUCCCACAGCAUAGGAAGCAUCAGGCAGAGUAUUAAAGAAAUAUAAUAUUUUACUGAUAAACCUGUCCUUUAAAAGGAACGUGUUUUGGGUGUCAUCAUUUUGGUGUGAAUCAUGUAAGUGUUGGCUGUUUGCUGUGUAUUACACUUUAGUGUCAGGAGACGCACUCAGCGGGCUUCUGCCCACGCAUAUCGUGUAGUCUGCGGAUUUUUAAGCGACAUUAACAGAAUAGUUUGUGUAGAGAAACCUCAAGCUGUUGCCUCCCCACCUGCGUCAUGAGUGUAUGUGCAUCCGGGUAUCAUCAGAGGCAGUGUAUUUGUGAGCUGUCUGGAACUAAAAGUGAGAAUAAAACCAUUUUCUUGUA